AUGGCCACGCUGAUCGGCCUGGGCAUGAUCGUCGUCAUCGCCGCCGUGUUCAUUGGCAUCUACCUCUACUUCAAAAAGAAGAACUCGACGUACACCAUACUGAAGGAUCAGCGGAUCCGUGCGAUCUCGUGCAAGGCGGCCGAUCAGCAGUGCCAGUCCGUGUGCGAUAUCACCAGCGAAUGCAACGGGUGGCUGUAUGAUCGGCAGAGCAACGGAUCGGGGCCCAAUUGUUGGGUCAAGUAUUUGUCGCCGUUGGUGCCCUCGUCGGCCGAAUCGCUGCCUGGAUGGGAUGUGGGAUAG